CCACACCUGUGCCGAGAGGAAGGGACAUGGAUACACAGGGGUAUAUAACCACGCCUGUAGAGGGUUUCAGCCAGACUCCUCGAGCGAUCCGGGCUACGUAACAGUCCUCCUCCUCCUCCUCGACUCGAACACUCGCUCAGGUCCUCCUCGAAAAGCUCUCGCCAUGAGGGUCUUCUCCGUUGGGUUGGUGACGGCGACGCUGCUGUGCGCCUGGAGCGAUGCCAGUGCCAGGAUAGCACCAAAGAGCAGGUUUGUCGGCUUUCGUCAAGUGACACUGAACCCAAAUCAGGCACAAACCUACCCCAGCGGAGGUAUUGGUCCCCGACAGGUGACAUUGAACCCAGAUCAGGCUCAAACCUACCCCAGCGGAGGUAUUGGUCCCCGUCAGGUGACACUGAACCCAGAUCAAGCUCAAACCUACCCCAGUGGUGUUGGGCCGCGCAUGGAAGUAGCACCACAGUUUGAAAACAGAGCUGCAGUAGAAUGCGGUUCUUACUUCAUAGCUCCAGGUGCUUCCAAGACAAUCCAGUCAAAGAGCUACCCUAAUAACUACCCCGGUGGCAAGAGGUGCACAUGGAAAUUCCGCACUUCUGUCGAUUCAAAGUUAAGCAUCCAGUGCGACGAUUUCAACCUGCAAGAGUCGAAAAAAUGCAGAAAGGAUUUCUUCCGGGUCACAGAUUCUUCUGGUUUUAAACAAAAAUACUGCGGUGGCAAGGGUUCUCUGAGCGUAUCUGAUAAAUCUAGGAGCGUAACUGUUUUGUUCAAAACAAACAGGAAGAAAUCUAAUACAGGAUUUUCUUGCUCUGUCAGAGCUUCAGUGGCAGACUCCCAAGCAACAACUAUAGACCCUCAGCCAACUUCAGAGUGCACUGGAUGUGGACAAGUCAACCGUGCCAACCGCAUUGUUGGUGGAGUAGAGACGGAGGUGAACGAAUAUCCCUGGAUGGUUUCUCUUGUCAACGGCAAUGAAAACUAUCACUUCUGUGGCGGUUCUAUCAUCUCCAGCCAGUGGGUCGUCACUGCAGCUCACUGUGCAGCUGGCAUGAGCACCUCGGAUUAUGUGUUGGUGGGAGACCACAAUCUGUACUCAUCAAGUGAGGCCAAUUCUCAGAGGAUGCAGAUUGCUGAAAUUGUGAGUCAUCCGUCCUAUGAUUCUAAUACAGUGGACAAUGACAUUGCCCUCAUCAGACUCACAACAGAAAUACAGUUCCCAUCUGACAACAAAAUCGCCCCUGUGUGCCUUCCAACAGCUGGUGAAAUGUAUGAUAAUGUGGAUGCCACAAUCACAGGAUGGGGAGCUCAACAGGAGGGAGGAUCCACAUCUGGCACCUUGUUCGAAGUAACAGUGCCCACCAUGACAAACACAGAAUGCAAUAAUAAGCAUGGAGGAAGCAUUACUGACAACAUGAUCUGCGCAGGCAUUCCUGAAGGAGGCAAGGAUUCCUGUCAGGGAGACUCUGGAGGACCACUGGUGGUGGAAGAAUACGGCAAGUGGAAGCUGGUGGGAGUUGUGUCGUGGGGCUAUGGCUGUGCUCGACCUGAUAGGCCUGGAGUCUACGCGAGAGUUACACAAUAUUUGCGAUGGAUUUCUGACUCUACAACCGGUGUCUGUGUCGAAGGGAAACACACCUGCUCCUACUAAUGCCCCGACGCCUGCUCCUACUCCUGCACCCACGCCUGCUCCUACUUCUGCUCCCAAUUCUGACUGUCCUGGAUGUGGACAAGUGAACCGUGCCAACCGCAUUGUUGGUGGAGUAGAGACGGAGGUGAACGAAUAUCCCUGGAUGGUUUCUCUUGUCAACGGCAAUGGAAACUAUCACUUCUGUGGCGGUUCUAUCAUCUCCAGCCAGUG